AUGAAUUUCUUCAUUGGCGCCUUCGGCACCGACCCGUCGUCGAAUAUGGCGAGGAACAACAGUAGCGCGGCGGGCACGUCCAGCGCGAGUACCAUUGACUUUCAGACCAUCGCGAAGUCCGUCGACACGGCAGCGGGAAUUGCGAUCGGUCUCUUUGUUGCCUACUCCGCCGCCAAGCACCUCUCCGAAGCCUAUCUUAGAGGCAAUACGUGGGGAAAGCUCUCUCUCCCGCCGAGCCCGCCGGGUGACUUUCUCCUUGGUCAUAGUCGUCUUAUUCCGGAGGACGAGUCCUUCCGCAAGUAUGCAAAGUGGUCAAAGGAGUACAACUCCGAUGUGUUGUAUUUCGAGACUCUUGGCACCAAGUGGAUUGUACUCAACUCCUACGAAGCAGCCCAUGAACUGCUCGACGUUCGUGGAAGGAAGUAUUCCGACCGUCCUCGCUUCGUGAUGUUUGAGGAAAUGGGAUGGGCGCCCACCCUUACCUGGCUCCGUCGGUCGUCUACAUGGGCUCUCCAUCGCAAAGUUCUAGCGCCUCCUCUCACCAAGGCCAGCGUUGCUCGUCUUUUCCAAGCCCUGCAGAAGAAGCAAGCAAUGAUCAUGUGCAAGAAUCUGAUCGAGAAGCCCGAAGAGUGGAUGUCCGCAGUCACUCAUUUCGCCGUGUCCAUCAUGAUGAAGAUCACCUAUGGCAUCAAUGUCGACACUCCCACAGAUGAGUGGGUCAAGUUAGCUGCUGAGGCUUCAGAGGCUGUUGGCAAGGCAGGAGCUCCAGGCAGCUCGAUCAUGGAUCGCAUUCCGUGGACCCGCCAUCUUCCCGACUGGUUGCCCUUCAUGGAGCGUCUCAAGUAUGCUCGCCAGAGCAAGCAGGCCAUCCAGAGGAUUACCGAACGCCCUUUCACGAAAUCGAUGUGGGACUACUGGGAACGCUACUGCGACCCCGUUCGCGAGAUCCAGUCAUGCUUUGUGCACAAGAGGACCGAGCAACGGGAGCAGGACAUUCGUAACGCCCGCAGGAACGACUUCCAUGAGGAGGAUAUCAAGGGAGGAGCCGCGACCAUGCUCAUCGCCGGCAACGAUACCACUGCCUCGACUGUCAACCUCGUCAUUCUCUACUUGGUGAAGCACCCUCGCGUGCAACGCCGCGCUCAGUCGGAGGUCGACUACGUUCUACUCACGACCGGCACUCCCCCCGAGCCCGUGAAGGAUUACCGCCCCACCACUCCCGCACCCUGGGCUACAUCCUCCACCAACCGCGCCGGUACCAUCCGCCUGCCCACCUUUGACGAUAUCCCCAAGUUCAAAUACGUCAACCUCGUCCUCCAGGAGGUCUACCGCAUCAACCCCCUUUCCCCACUCGGCAUUCCGCAUGCCAGUGUUAAGGAUGACAACGACAUCGACCCCGACGGUGACGACACCUACAACGGAAUGCGCAUCCCUUGCGGAACCAUUGUCUAUCCCAACGUUUGGGCCAUGAGCAGAGACGAGAAGCGUUAUCGCGAGCCCGAGCGCUUCUUUCCCGAGCGCUACCUGCCCAAGGAGGAGGGCGGUUGGGGCGAGCCUUUCCCUGUUGGCAACUUUGGUUUUGGACGGCGCGUUUGCUUGGGCCAGCAUCUGGCGGAGAGCAGUUUGUUGAUUGCCAUGGCGAUGAUGUUGGCAACGAUCGAGGUUGAUCUGCCCGUUGGUCCGGAUGGUAAUCCGAAGGAUUUUGAGCCCGAGUUUUCGCAUAAGGGACAGUCGAUUGUUCUUCCCUUCGAAGUCUCCAUCAAGGCUCGCUCUCCCGUGGUGAUUGAGUUACUUGACCGCCACAUUCUUGUCGCCAAGAUGGCCGAGAAGGCAGCGGAUGGUGGCAAGGAUGGUCCCCCUACCCCUACCCUUUGA